GCCCGGAAGUGCGCCAUCAGCCGGCGCCAGCGGCCGCACGCUGGCGGAGCAGGGGCUCUGAGGGCCGGGGACUCCGGUGCUCGAGCACGCUGGUAGGAAAGGAUCCGGUACUUGAACAGUGUUGUGCGCCACCAUGCAGGUUUCCAGCCUCAAUGAGGUGAAGAUUUACAGCCUCAGCUGCGGCAAGUCCCUUCCUGAGUGGCUUUCUGAUAGGAAGAAGAGAGCACUACAGAAGAAAGAUGUAGAUGUCCGUAGGAGAAUUGAACUUAUUCAGGAUUUUGAAAUGCCUACUGUAUGUACCACUAUUAAGGUGUCAAAAGACGGACAGUACAUUUUAGCAACUGGAACAUAUAAACCUCGGGUUCGAUGUUAUGACACUUAUCAGUUAUCCUUGAAGUUUGAAAGGUGUUUAGAUUCAGAAGUUGUCACCUUUGAAAUUUUGUCUGAUGACUACUCAAAGAUUGUCUUCUUACAUAAUGAUAGAUACAUUGAAUUUCAUUCACAAUCAGGUUUUUACUACAAAACCAGAAUACCAAAGUUCGGAAGAGAUUUCUCUUACCACUUUCCAUCUUGUGACUUGUACUUUGUUGGUGCAAGUUCUGAAGUUUAUAGGUUAAACUUAGAACAAGGACGAUACCUGAAUCCUCUACAAACUGAUGCUGCGGAGAAUAACGUUUGUGACAUAAAUUCAGUGCAUGGCUUGUUUGCCACAGGAACCAUAGAGGGGAGAGUGGAGUGCUGGGACCCAAGAACUCGAAAUAGAGUUGGUCUAUUAGACUGCGCCUUAAACAGUGUCACAGCAGAUUCAGAGAUAAACAAUUUACCAACAAUCUCUGCUUUGAAAUUUAAUGGUGCCUUGACCAUGGCAGUUGGAACAUCCACGGGGCAGGUUUUAUUAUAUGACCUUCGAUCUGAUAAGCCAUUGCUAGUUAAAGAUCACCAGUAUGGGCUGCCCAUUAAGUCUGUUCAUUUCCAGGAUUCAUUAGAUCUGAUUUUGUCUGCUGACUCUCGAAUUAUCAAGAUGUGGAAUAAGAACUCCGGAAAGAUAUUUACUUCCUUGGAGCCAGAGCAUGACCUUAAUGAUGUUUGUCUCUACCCCAACUCAGGCAUGCUUCUGACAGCCAGUGAAACCCCCAAGAUGGGCAUCUAUUACAUUCCAGUUUUAGGUCCUGCUCCUCGGUGGUGUUCCUUCUUAGACAACUUGACCGAAGAACUAGAAGAGAAUCCAGAAAGCACCGUUUAUGAUGAUUAUAAAUUUGUCACCAAGAAAGACCUUGAAAAUUUAGGGCUCACCCACCUCAUUGGAUCACCUUUCCUUCGGGCAUAUAUGCAUGGGUUUUUCAUGGAUAUAAGACUCUAUCACAAGGUGAAACUGAUGGUAAAUCCAUUUGCUUAUGAAGAAUAUAGGAAAGAUAAAAUACGACAGAAAAUAGAAGAAACGCGUGCACAGAGAGUCCAGUUAAAGAAAUUGCCAAAAGUUAACAAAGAGCUGGCACUUAAAUUGAUUGAGGAAGAGGAGGAGAAGCAGAAAUCUACAUGGAAAAAGAAAGUUAAGAGUCUUCCUAGUAUUCUCACUGAUGAUCGAUUUAAAGUUAUGUUUGAGAACCCUGACUUCCAAGUAGAUGAAGAGAGUGAAGAAUUUAGGCUUCUGAAUCCACUUGUUUCAAAAAUUAGUGAAAAAAGGAAAAAGAAGCUAAGACUCUUAGAGCAACAAGAACUGCGUGAAAAAGAAGAGGAGGAAGAGCCGGAAGGAAAACCGAGUGAUGCAGAAAGUUCGGAGAGUUCAGAUGAUGAAAAAGCCUGGGUUGAAGAGAUCAGGAAGCAACGCAGACUCCUCCAGCAGGAGGAAAAAGUGAAGCGACAGGAACGACUCAAGGAGGACCAGCAGACAGUCCUAAAGCCCCAGUUUUAUGAGAUCAAAGCAGGAGAAGAAUUUAGAAGCUUCAAAGAUUCUGCCACAAAGCAGAAACUGAUGAACAAAACCCUUGAAGAUCGUUUGAAAAUUGAAGCAAAAAAUGGGACAUUGAGUGUAUCCGAUACCACUGUUGGCAGCAAACAAUUGACAUUCACAUUAAAGAGGUCUGAACAGCAGAAGAAGCAACAGGAGGCUGAGAAACUGCAUCGACAAGAAAGGAAAAGACUCCGUCGUUCAGCCGGACACCUGAAGUCAAGACACAAAAGAGGACGGUCGUUUCAUUGAUUUGGGAAGUGAUCCUACCUGUGAUUAGGGAGGGGUACGUCUCCCCCAAACUGAUCCUCAUUAAGAGUGUUCAACACAGAUAAGGGAACACACGUUUUUAAAGUUCCACGUACCUUCUUGUACACAGAGGUAAAGGUUUGAAAACCUGUGCUUUGUGGAUUGGACUUUGAAGCUGCCGAUGGCCACCACAUAGCCCCAAGGGUGUGCUUGCAAGUCAUUGCUCCUGGAAACAUUGUCCUUUCCCCGUGGUUUUAAUCAUGUAAACCAGGUUGGGGUUUUUUUAAUAUUGUGAAAUGUACACCAUGAAAUGAAAGGUUGAUCCUGUGCUAGAAGCCAAGAUUUAUCGUGCUCUAGGAACUUUGUUCCUACACUGCCUACUGCCAUUCAUGAUUAAACCAUCUGGAAAUACCAUCCCUGUUU